AAGAGGAACACAGCCCAAGAGGACAUCAGAGAGCAGAGAACCUAUUGUUGAAGAUGCAGGCAGACGAAUACAACCGCAGAGGUAAGGAACUUGUCAAUUACAUCACAGAAUACCUGACCAAAAUCAGAGACAGACGGGUCGUCCCAGAUGUCCAGCCCGGAUACAUGAGGAAACUCCUCCCGGACAACGCGCCCAUUGAACCAGAAAACUGGGACAAUAUUUUUAAUGACAUCGAGAAAAUAAUUAUGCCGGGGAUGGUGCAUUGGCAGAGUCCCCACAUGCAUGCCUACUUCCCUGCUCUGACUUCCUGGCCGUCCUUGCUUGGGGACAUGCUGGCUGAUGCUAUCAACUGCAUUGGAUUCACCUGGGCCUCCAGUCCAGCCUGCACUGAACUAGAGAUGAAUGUUCUGGAUUGGCUGGCCAAGGCAAUGGGGCUGCCCCCUCAUUUCCUGCAUCAUCAUCCCAACAGCAGGGGUGGAGGUGUCCUGCAGAGCACGGUGAGUGAGGGCACUCUGUUGGCCCUACUGGCUGCCAGAAAAGCCAAAAUCCUGGAACUCCGGGAAUCUGGGGACGAUGCAGAUGACUCCAUACUCAACUCCAGACUCAUUGCCUAUGCAUCCGACCAGGCUCACUCUUCAGUUGAAAAAGCAGGUCUAAUUACCAUGGUUAAAAUGCGUUCCCUGCCAACGGACGAGCAGUUCUCAUUGCGGGGAGAAACGUUGCAAAGUGCCAUUGAAGAGGACAGGAAGAAAGGCCUCAUACCAGUCCUGCUCUGUGCUACUCUGGGAACGACGGGAGUAUGCGCCUUCGACUGCCUGUCCGAGCUGGGGCCCCUGUGUGCCAAGGAAGGGCUGUGGCUGCAUAUCGAUGCGGCGUACGCUGGUUCUGCCUUCCUCUGUCCGGAGCAGCGGGGCUUCCUGAACGGCGUUGAAUUUGCCGACUCUUUCGUCUUCAACCCCUCGAAGUGGAUGAUGGUCCAUUUCGACUGCACCGCCUUCUGGGUCAGGGAUAAAUACAAGCUCCAGCAGACCCUUAGCGUCAACCCACUCUACCUCCGGCACGAGAAUUCCCGCAUUGCCACUGAUUUCAUGCACUGGCAGAUUCCUCUCAGUAGACGCUUCCGCUCCCUCAAGCUGUGGUUUGUGCUGCGUUCCUUCGGUCUGAAGCAGCUGCAGGAGCACAUCAGACAGGGCAUCGAGAUGGCAAAGCUGUUCGAGUCUUUGGUCCGAAGUGAUCCUAAUUUUGAAAUCCCCGCUAAGAGAAACAUGGGACUGGUGGUGUUCUGCCUGAAGGGGGGAAACGCCCAGACCGAGGCGCUCCUGAAAGCACUGACCAAAUCUGGCGCCAUGUACGUCAUCCCGGCCUCCAUCCAGAACAAGCUCAUCAUCCGCUUCACCGUGACGUCGCAGUUCACCACACGGGAGGACAUCCUGAGGGACUGGGCCAUCAUCCGCGACACGGCCGCCGCCGUACUCGCACAGGAGGCCGCCGGGGACGCCUCCGCCCGCCGCACGGGCGAGGCCGGGCGCCAGACGCAGGCCCCAGUGACGGUGGGGCCUAGCGAGCAGCACCCGCCCGCGCCGCCUCCAGCCGAGACCGAGCGGGCGACAGACGAGGUCUUCGACGUCGGCAGCCCCUACGCCAGCUGCGGUCAGAGGUCCGGCCGCUCGCUGAGCUGCACCGGCGAGCCGCUGACGGACCAGCAGCACGCCCGCGUCCUCAAGCUGCUCUCCAAGGAGGGCCUGCUGUCCCGGAUCCCGGAGAACGUGAUGCUGCUGGAGAAGAAGGCGCUGAGGAAGCUGACCAAGUUCUACAGCAUGCCCACCUUCAUGCCCUGCGGGCCCCUGCAGCAGUGCGCCGGGCCCUGCGGCAUCCAGCUCUUCCACAAGCCCUGGCUCACCUGCAGCCGCGCGAACGCCGCCCUGCCCUGCCUCAACCUGCAGCGCUAGCCCCGCCCUCCGCCGCGCGCCUGGGAAACGGUCCGCUCCAGACGAAGGCCUGGAUUCCAUCAUCAGAGAAGGCCUGCGUCCAUUUGUAUCAGGUCUUUAACUUUUUGACUUUCAAAUAAAUGCAAGUACAACUUUUUCCCCAUCCCUAAGUGAGGGUUCACUUCAAUAAAUAAUCAGUUUUACAUCUGGGCAAAGCACGCUAACAUAUACAUCAAAUUAGACAUUUUUUUAAAUGACAUACAUUACCCUCAAAUGCCUGAAUUCAUUUAGAUUUCUGGGGGGCGAGGGGAUGUACAAACUUGACCACAAAACAUAACAUUAAUCAGGAUCAAAAUUAGGUUAAACCCUUACUGAAAUAGAAUACACUGACAUUUAUUGUAAAUAUGUUGACCUUUUUGAAAAAUGUAUUGAUAAAUAUAUUUCAAAGCAAUGUAGUUAAUAAAAAAGUGGUAUUCCUGAAAAUGGCAAUAAUAUGUGUAUAUAUUGUCUAUAUGUUGUGAAUGAUUGCAGUACCAGUUCUGAUCUCGAUGAAUACAUUUUAUUUAAAUAUAAUGCUGAAUAUAAGGGUAAGGUUAAGGUUCGAAAAUGAACUAUGACCUGCUCUGAUUUGGGAAGGGCCACACCAGGGGAUGUAAUUCUCUCAGGGUUUUCCAUAGUUUCUGUUUUACAGAAGUGUACUAAGUGUACUAUGUAUAUUUUUAUGUUUUCAUCAAUAAAUAAGAGCAAGCAUAAAACUGUCUCAAAU